AUGGCACCCAACGCCAUCGCCGUUGUCGGCGUGGGAUGCAAAUUCCCCGGGGCUGACUCGCACCCGCGCAAUACGGAAAAGACUGUGUAUCAUGGCAACUAUCUCGACGACCUCGAAAGCUUUGACAACCGGUUCUUCAAGAAAUCCGGUCGUGAGGCGGCGUCGAUGGACCCUCAACAACGGCUUUUGUUCGAGGUUUCCUAUCAAGCUUUGGAGUCUUCUGGCUUCUUUGGCCCUCGUGAGCCAGACCUCGACGUUGGAUGCUUCAUCGGAGUGUGCGCGUCCGACUACAACGAUAACGUGGCCAGUCAUUCGUCAAAUGCUUUCUCGGCAUUAGGGACCUUGAGAGCCUUCGUCCCGGGCAGAGUCAGCCACUUUUUUGGACUAUCUGGACCCUCGGUCGCCUUAGACACGGCCUGUUCAUCUUCGGCAGUUGCUAUCGAUGCUGCCUGUGAGGCGAUCCUGCAUGGCGACUGCAAGAGCGCCAUUGCCGGUGGUGUUUCGGUCUUCACGAGUCCAUUCUUCUACCAAAAUCUGGCCGCUGCCUCCUUCCUCAGUCCCACUGGUGCCAGCAAAUCGUUUGAUGCUAGUGCAGAUGGGUACUGCCGUGGAGAAGGCGUGGGUCUCGUUGUCUUGAAACGACUCUCGCAAGCCGUCGCCGAUGGCGAUACCGUUCUAGGUACAAUUCUCGCCACUUCGGUCAGACAAAGCAGCAACAAAGUGCCAAUCACUGUUCCUUACAGCCCAUCGCAGACGGUACUGUAUCGCAAGCUCCUGAGUACGGCUGGAAUCGCUGCCGAGGACGUCACUUACGUCGAAGCCCACGGCACCGGCACGCCCGUCGGUGAUCCCACGCUCUGAACCCAGAAUACUACGGGCUAGACAAUUUGACGGCCGAGGCGGCAGCGUCAUGGAAGGACCACACAAGUACGUUUCCAACCCCACGACUACUGCCUUUACGUUGGGCUCCCG